GAUCGCGAAAUUAACAUAGAUUUUAACCCUUAUUACAAUACAAUAGUUUAUUGUUCCCACACGAAUGCCUAAAGUUAAUAUCAUUUUCUUACUUUGUUUUAUUUGAGUGUUAUCGAAAAUGGCUGCGAAUCUAGAACUAAGUGAAAUCCAACAUUUUUAUAAAAACAGCACGUUUUUAUUAACGGGCACAACGGGAUUUGUAGGAAAGUUGAUUUUGGAAAAAAUAUUAAGAACUUUGCACCCCCAACGUAUCUACGUUUUGAUAAGAGAUAAAGAUGGAAAAAGUGCCGAAGAACGUUGUGCCGAAAUGUUUGAUUCAUUGGCGUUUGAACCUCUUAAAAGGAGCGAUGCUAAUUUUUUUAAGAAGGUGACUUUGAUUCGAGGCGAUUUACAAGAACCAGAUUUAGGUUUAUCGGUAGCUGAUAAACAGCUAAUAAUAAACGAAGUAAGAUGUUUUUUCCAUUGCGCAGCUGCUUCUAAGCUUUCUGAAAGUUUAAAAAAUGCCACGUCUGUUAAUGUAAGAGGAACUAUUGCACUGUUAGAUAUUGCCAAAGAAAUAAAAAAUAUCAAGACGUUCGUAUAUCUUUCAUCCAUUUAUUCAAAUUUUCCAAAAUUUGAAGUACACGAAGUGUUCUAUGAACCAGCGAUCGCAGCAGAGGAUUUGCUAAAAAGUUUGGAAAACGUCAAUGAAGAUGGCGCUAAGUCAAUGCAGCAACAAUUACAAGGAGAUUGGCCAAAUGCUUAUACAUUUACUUUGAGCGUUGUGGAAGAUUACAUAAAAAGGAAAUCAAAAGGAUUACCAGUUACGAUCGUUAGACCCUCUUUACUUUUACCAUCUGAAUCGGAACCAAUAACCGGUUUUGUUGAUAAUAUUAACGGACUCUAUGGAGACACAGUAACUUAUGCUUUAGGUGUUAACAAGGUUAAUUAUUAUAAUAGUGGAAUUCUAGAUGUUAUACCAGCUGAUUAUGUAGUUAAUCUUUCUAUCGCAUCUGGAUGGUACGCUGGAUUACAAAAGCUAAGGCUACAAAGAGGUGACGUCAGUACCGUUGAUGCUAAUAUAUAUCAUUGUAUAACCUCACAAGAAAAACCUAUCACAACUGAUGACUGGUUUGAAGUAAUACAUACGGUAACAAGAGAAGUUCCAUCUGUAAAAAUGAUCCAAUUGCCGAUACAAUUUAAUACGUCAUCUUAUUACGUUUAUAAAUUUUUGACGUUCUUUUUGCACGUGUGCAUGGCUUUUCUAUGUGAUUUAGGAUUAAAAUUAGCAGGAAAAAAACAAUCAAUAAUGAGCAUGUACGACAAAAUUCAUCAAACACAAGAACUUUUUAGUCCGUAUUUAUUGAAACAAUGGUAUUUUUCUAAUGAUAAUACACAAAAAUUACUCAAACGACUCUCCUUCAAAGAUAGAUCUCUCUUCAAUUUCGACAUAUUCAAUUUGAACUGGGAGGCUUAUUUUGAUAGUUAUUCUAAAGGCAUUAGAGUUUAUUUGCUCAAGGAUCCCAUGUCAACUUUAACAGAAGGGAAAGAGAAGCAGAAAAAGAAGCUGAUAAGUCAAAUUCUUUCCGCUUCGAUAUUAACAAUAAUUUUAUAUGUAAUUAGUAAAUUUAUCUUAUUCAGAGUUUUGUUAAAAUAAGUUACAAAUAGGAAAUAAACAUUUGCUCACAA